AUGCCAAAAAGAAUAAUAAUCUCGCACAAAAACCCAUGAAAUUUUACUGUUUAUAAUUUAAUAUGAAUCUUAUUUGAUAAUAAUGAGUGUUGAUAAAGGCAAAGGGCCGAUUUUCGACCCUGGCGUGUGUCGGUGCUGCGGCUCGAUGAAGCGAUGCCGUCUGUUGAACGUCGAAUAUCAGUGCAUGGGGCAAAAGGAAGUCUAUUCUGAUAUGAUAAUGGAUUGCUUUGGACUAUUGAUGUCACAUUUAGACGACAAGCCAUCAGCUCGGCUGGUGUGUGCAACAUGCGUGGGUCGUCUUCGUGAGGCUGCUGCGUUUCGAGCACAGGUGCUUCGCUGCGAGGCUGCUUUUCUGCAGCUAAGGAUGUGCGAGACGGAGGCUGCAGACAUGCAAGCGCGUCUAGACGCGUCGGCCAUGUUAGAAGUGGAGAUCAAGCCAGAGCCACCGGACGAGCCCCCGGAGCCCCCGGGCUCCCCGCCCGGCGACCCCGACGACCCCGACGACCUUGAGGACCUUGACCUUGAACUUAAGGAGCAUAUGGAUGAACCAGAGGAAUCGGAGCGCGUGGCAUGUCAGUCUCCGGUGGACUCGGAUGACAUGCCGUUGAAGCGGCGCAAGAAACGCUCGAGAAACGGCCGACUACCGCCCGCCGAACAACCGCCCGCCCUCCCCAUGUCCAAAGUCCAGCAGCUAAUGCGGGAACGCGAUCCGUCCUACAUGAUUGACACCAACGUGGUCACUGUCGUCGAGAAUUCCUACAUUUGCCCCUUCAAGUGUCGACACAACCAUCUGCUCUGCUACUACUGCGGGGCAAACUUCUCCGACCCAACCACCCUCCGACACCACACCAUCUCCGAACACCAUCCGAAGAAGUUCAAAGUCAUCGAACACAAGAAAAUGAUCAAAAUGGACUUGACUAGAAUCGACUGUAGGCUGUGUAGUGAAAAAAUUAGUGAUUUAGAAGAAUUUAAGCGGCAUAUAACGACAGUGCAUAAUAAGAAAUACUAUUUUAACGCGAAAGAUUUGAUUCUACCGUUUAGAUUGACUUUGAAUGAACAGCAGUGCGCGUUGUGUGAGGAAGUGUUUCCGUAUUUUCACGCUUUGAACAAGCAUAUGAACAAACAUUUCAGUAACUACGUGUGUGAGACGUGUGGGCUUGGGUUUGUGGAUAAGGGGAGGUUUGUGAUGCAUCAGCAGAGGCAUGAGGAAGGGGACUUUCCUUGUGAGACCUGCGGGAAGAUUUUUAAGGCUCAGUACAAUAGGGACCUCCACAUCGACCGGGUGCACAACAAGCGCGGGCGCGUGUUCUGCCCCAAAUGCGACGUGAAACUCAUGUCGUACACGCAGAAACUGAAACACUUGGUAGAGGUACACGGGGACGCACCACUGUCGUUUCCCUGUAGCUUGUGCGAUCGCGUGUUCGGAACUAGGAGAACGCUCACCAUACACAGGCGGAAGGACCAUUUGAAAGACUACAGAUACGAGUGCCAAUUCUGCGGCCAAAAAUUCUUCACCCGUUUCGCCCUCAACAACCACAUGCCGACACACACGCGGGAACGAAACUUCAAGUGCAAAGUGUGUGAGAAGACUUACCCCAGACUGAAGACGCUUAAAGACCACAUGCGGAUACAUACGAACGACAGGCGGUACAGGUGCCACGUGUGUGGACAGGCCUUUAUACAGAACUGUAGUCUGAAAGGGCAUAUGAAGAGCCAGCAUUCGGAAUUUGGGUGAACUGUGUUUUUAUAAUUUGUA